AUGUUCGCAAAUGAGAGCAAGAAGGUGGCUUGGCUGGCAACAAAAAGGUUUGGAGUGAAGUCGAGACUUUACAGCGAUCGUGCGGUAGAUACCGGAGCUAUCGUCCAGAUUUCACGGUCCAACAUUUAUCGCUUUGGUAACCCAAACUUCGCGGCGCCGGUCUUCCGUGAUGUUGAAUGGACCAUUGGUGAGGGUGAAAACUGGGCUGUAAUAGGGACAGGCUCGAAGCAAAAGACAGCCCUUUUGCAGACACUCCUCGGUCACCUACGCAUAACUCCUCCUCCGCCCUUACCUGGAGGACUAUUUCCUUUCCUCUCUGACCCUCCACGCGACCCACACGCCUGUGUGUCUCUUGUUUCCUUCGCUCAUCGGUCCCGUGCAGCAGGUGGUGCCUUCUAUGACUACACGUCUCGAUACGGUGCAGUUAGAGAAGAGGACCGUAUCACCCUUCGGGAAAGCAUGUUUGGAGAGUACGACUUUCUAAACAUUCAGCCAAAAGGUGGCAGGGUGAAAACUCCGGUUGAAAUUGCACAAGACAAAGUAAAGAAAGGUAUCUUUGAGGGCCUAACUUCUAGACUAGGUCUUUCCUCUUUGUUGGAUUUACCUUUGGUCGCUUUAUCAAACGGCCAGACGCGUCGGGCACGCAUUGUGAAGGCUAUUUUGUCUGAACCAGAGCUCCUCGUACUCGAUGAACCUCUGACCGGCCUCGAUGUCAAUACCCGCCCAAUCUUGUUGAAUGUUCUUCGGUCACUGCAUGAGUCUCGCAGUCCACGCAUCAUCAUGGGCCUCAGGAUGCAAGACCCCAUUCCUGAUUGGAUUUCACAUGUCGCUCUAGUGAGGGGUGAGACUAUCGUGACAGGUAGCAAAGAUGAAAUCCUGUCCAAGCAUGCGGAUCAUCACGUACAAGAAGCUGAGAAUAGAAUGGCAAGCACUACUCAGUCCUAUCUUCAGCCUGGCCUUGAUCAUGGCAAGCCAGUAGUUGACAUGAAGAGCGUAAACGUAUCAUAUGGCACGCGCAAGGCAACUCCUCCGUCCUUGAUUGUGCUCAAAAAUAUCAACUGGACCAUCCGCGAAGGCCAGCGUUGGCAUCUUCAAGGCGCAAAUGGUUCCGGAAAAACUACCCUUCUUUCGCUUCUGACUGGCGACCAUCCCCAGUCUUACACUCAGCGAGGUGGUUCGAAUUUAGAGCUAUUCUCUCGACCUCGGCAGCGUAUCCCAACUCCGCUCCUCCGUUCGCUCAUCGGUGUUGUCUCACCGGAGCUUGCAAACGCAUACCCAAGACGCGCUGGUGUCAGUGUGUUCGACGUUGUAGGCACGGGCUUUGACGGCGGCUUCGUUCCUGGUGGAAAGGACGGCGUCGGGAACGGUCUGGAGGGCACCCUCAGCGACGAAGUCAGACAAUGGAGGGUGAAACGCGUACGCGACGUCCUUAACGGCCUCGGUCCGACGUCAUGGGAGACAGACGCCAACAGCUUCGCCGCUGGCGACGAGCUGUUGGCACCGAACGAAGCUUUUUCGAAACGCGAUUUUGUGGACCUCUCCGCAGGGGAACAGAGUAUCGUUCUGCUGAUGCGGGCGCUUGUGAGCCACCCCCAACUUGUUUUGUUGGACGAAGUCUGGAGUGGUAUGGAUGAAAAUAUGGUCUGCGCUGCGAGGCGCUACCUUUGCGAGGGCGGUGUUGGAUCCGACCAAGCAGUGGUGGUUAUCAGCCAUUGGGAGGAAGAGGUGCCAUGGACGGUACGAGAUGGUUUGAGGAGAUUUAAAUUAGAGGAUGGGGAAGGACAAGAGUUAUAG